AUGAGUACGAUUCUUCUGGCUGGCAGCAACUACUGCACGCAAUGCCUCAUUGCUCCAACUCGUUCCGAUACAGAUAAAGCACACGCAAAAGAGAAGUGGCUGGAUAUUGGCGUCCCAAGUAUGAGAAAUCUGUGGAGUAUCUCGAGAAAGAGGCGGUUGCUUUGGCUUCUAUUAUCUGCAUCAUCGUUCCCGUUGCAUUUACUGCAAUCUGGCCUCGCCAUUCUCAGUUAUUGA